AUGGCUGAAGAAACUGUUUCUCAAGAGCUGCGCAGCGCCUCUGAGCUGAGGAUCGUGCUGCUUGGGGGAAACUGGCCUGGGAAGAGUGCAGCAGGAAACACCAUCCUGGGCAGAGAGGAGUUCAGAACAGGAAUCAACCCCUCUGGAAGAAUGAGGGAGUGUGAGAAGAGAACAGGGAAAGUGUCUGGGAGACGGGUCACUGUGGUCGACACUCCACGCUUGUUAGACACAGACCGGGUUGAGAUUGAGAGAUGUGUUUCUCUGUCUGCCCCGGGACCCCACGCUUUCCUCCUGGUGAUACCCGUGUAUACAAAAGAAAUGACUGACUCUGUCCGUGAGUUUAUAGUAGAAGAGUGUUGCAAACCCUUUGAUAAAGUGCAGGAGCUGUUUGGUGAGAGAGCUGUGAGGAACACGAUGAUCCUUUUCACCCGCGGGGAUUAUCUGAGAGGCAGGACGAUUGAGCAGCACAUUGAGGAAGCUGGAGAGAAGCUCCAGCAGCGUGUUGAGAAAUGUGGGAACAGGUAUCAUGUUCUCAACAAUGAGGACAGGAGCGAUCGCACUCAGGUCACACAGCUCCUGGACAAGAUAGACAACAUGGUGAAGGGAAGUGGAGGCUGCUACCUCCCAAUAUCAUCUGAGAUUUACCAGGAGGUAGAAGAAAGGAUGAGACUAAAGGAACAGGAACUGAAUAAGAAAUACAAAGAGGAGCUGAGCAGGAAAGAAGAGGAGAUGAAACAGAAAUAUGAGGAGGAACAGAGGAGGAGAGAAGAGGAGCUGAUGAAGAAGUUGAGGAAGCAAAUGAAGGAAGAGGAGCUGGAGAAAGAGGCAGAGGAAUCCAAGCUGCCUGUCAGGAGAAGGAACAGCAAUGAAGAUCGUCGUCCCAGCUUGUCUGAAAGCAAAGUGGAGAACGAAUCAGAGGGAUCCAAGCUGCCUGUCAAGAGAAGAAUGAGCAAGGAGAUCAACCCCCCCGAGAGUGAGUGAGAUUGAAAUUGUUCUUCUAGGAUAGAAAUGAGUUUGUUCCAUCAAGGUGAAAUAAUACAGAACUGAUCCCU